CACGCAACGGUUUCAGCCCUGAAUGCUUGGCUUGCGUCGCCAGAGCUUCCCGAACCCCCCUGCCCCGCUUCCUUGCCGAAAGGUCCGACACCCUGCUGCUGCUGCUGCUGCGUGCCCUUGCCCGUUGAGUGAGUGCUGAGCUGAGACACUGAGAGGGUCGUUUCUCUCGACUUUUUAAAGUUUUGCUUCCAUCGACGUUUUCUUGGCUCACGAAUUGGACCGACUUGAGCCUCUCUUUCUUUUUUUUUUUUUAAUACUAAUCUCUUGUGUGACACUUUGCUCCAAGGUCAUCAAUUGCUCCAGCCUCGCUACAUACCUUACCUGUGCUCUGUGCACCCCGACAAUUCCCACAACCACAGUACUCGAGUCCUCACUCCAUGCGAAGCCAUUCAAACACCAGCAAACUCUCCGCGCAAUUAUCCCCAGGACAACAACAAUGACGGCAUCAACUAUCUUGUGAUAGGCGUACUCAUAUAGACCAUUUUCGACCAAAUUAUCGAACAACACCCGAGACGAAGGAAAGCAUUCGCGCAAAACCACACCCACAAAGACAACACAUCUUCUACUAUACAACAAAUAACAGAAAGUAAUCCAGCAUGAGGAUACGUAUGCCCUUUGCCGGCAUCUUCGCCGCCCUCCUCCUUCUCUCCGCCUACGCCGGCCUCUCGUCGCUGCACAUGCCCCAAGGCACCCUCCUCAACGACAAAACCCUGCACUUUUUCGUCUUCUUCCUCUUGACCGUCACCUUUUACUGGAUCCUCGACACCACGCGCCGACGCAUCUUACAUUUAACCCUUUCGGUGGUCACCCUGGGCAUGGGCGUGGGUUCCGAGUUCGUGCAGGCCGCAAUCCCGAAUAAUGGCAGGGAGUUUGACCCCUAUGAUAUCUUGGCGAAUCUGGUGGGCAGUUUGCUAGGGCUGGGAUUGUGUGGGUGGUAUCAUAAACGGAUGUUGGAAAGGAAGAGGGUGAGGAAGUACACGGCUGUUCCUACGGGGGAGGACAUCCCUGAGGGGGAUGUUGAUUUGGAACUUGGGGAGGUGAGGAGGAGUGGGGAUCAUGAGGAGGGGGUUGUUGUUGCUGCUGCUGCGGCUGCCUCUGUUCCUGCUGCUGCGGCUUCCCCGGCUGCGGGUACGGCUACGGCUACGGCCAAGAACAUGUCGCUUGAGGAGGAGUUGGAUAAUUGGGACGAGAACGCGGUUGAUGCGUGGGAUGAUGGUGAUGACGUGGGUGAUGUCGGUGGAAGUGGUGCUGGCGGUAAGAGCGGGGACGCUACUAAGGAUGCUGGGGCUGCUAAGAAGCGGGUGGAUUGAUGUGAAUAAGUGGGGACAAGGAGAGAUAUGGGCAAAGACAUAUUCAUUUGGAUGGUUGGAUGAGAAUCGUGUUGGUCUUCACGGAUCAUUGCUUACUAGGCGUUUUUCCACGGUCACGGUACCUUUGGGUCAGUCAUCCUGAUAAAAGGGGGAAAAUGGGAAGCGAACUUGGCAAAAUAGGGAAUGCUGGAAUAUUGCUUACUUUGCCUUUAUACCAGUCAGUCUACAAAGCAUUUUACCAUAUGAGCACACAGCCAAAGCUACAAAUCAAGCAUUUUAUACGUUGG